AUGGCUACCCAGCAGGUCUUCCGCCUGCCCCAGCGCACUUCCAUUCAGGAUCUCCAAGUGAGCACCGAGCCAGUUCCUGGACCUUCUGCGCAGGAAGUUCUUAUCCGGAUUCGAAGCGUGGCGCUUAACUUUCGAGAUUACGCUGUGGCUACUGGGAAAUACCCUUUCCCUGUUAAGGACAACGUUGUCCCUUGCUCUGACAUGUCUGGAGACGUUGUCAGUGUCGGCAGCCGGGUUGAUGACUUCGCCAAUGGCGAUAAAGUGGUAGCGUCAUUCGACCUCAAGACUCUCUACGGAGCGAUGCCCAACUGGUUUGGCAGCCUGGGCGGCUGUCAUGACGGUGUUCUUCGAGAGUAUAUCUCUCUGCCUAGCACCGCUGUCGUCAAGAUUCCCGACACAAAACUCAGCUACACCCAGCUAUCCGCCAUUGUAUGCACUGGAACGACUGUGUGGAAUUCUCUCUAUGGCAACAACCCUCUCAAGCCUGGCCAGACUGUGCUAUUCCUCGGAACCGGCGGCGUCUCUAUCACCGGAUUAAUCAUAGCCAAGGCUGCGGGCGCCAAAACCAUCAUUACUUCAUCAUCUGAUUCGAAAUUGAAGUACGUUCAGGAGAAGUACGGAGCGGACCACGUUAUCAACUAUAAGACGAACCCCGAGUGGUCUAAGGAGGUCCUGAAGAUCACGGAUGAUCAUGGUGCCGACUAUGUCCUGGAGAACGGCGGCGCUGGCACUAUCGCUGAGAGUAUCAACGCUGUGGCUUACGGCGGCUCCAUUGCUGUCAUUGGGUUCCUUGCUGGCUGCCCGCAAGAUAGGAUGCCUGAUGUGGCUGCCCUCGCUCUGUCCAAAGGCGCUGUCGUUCGAGGUAUCAUGGUGGGCUCCAAGCAGCAGCUGGAGGAUGUUACAAGGUUUGUUACGGCCCGAAAUCUUGACAUUCCUGUGGAAAAGGUUUUUGGUUUCACCAAGGAGGAAGUCACGGCUGCCUUUGAGUAUCUCACCAGUGGCCAGCACGUUGGCAAGGUAUGCAUCAGCCUGGAGUAG